AAGUAAGUCCAAAGUGGAACAACACAUACACACUUUUCUUAUAAAUAUGGGAAGCUUUGUGGUUGCCAAACUCAAAGCACAUUGGGGCUUAUCUCUCUCUAAGUAAUACACACAAAAAUAACUCACAUAUAGAGAGAGAUAUGGCUGGAGAUAUGCAAGGAGUGAGAGUAGUAGAAAAAUAUUCACCGGUCAUAGUGAUGGUGAUGUCAAAUGUAGCGAUGGGUUCGGUGAAUGCACUUGUGAAGAAAGCUCUUGAUGUUGGUGUGAACCAUAUGGUCAUUGGUGCUUAUCGAAUGGCUAUUUCCGCUUUAAUUUUGGUUCCCUUUGCCUAUGUCUUGGAAAGGAAAACAAGACCACAAAUAACGUUUAGGCUAAUGGUCGAUCAUUUCGUCAGUGGCCUUCUCGGGGCGAGUUUGAUGCAGUUUUUCUUUUUGCUUGGUCUGUCGUACACGUCAGCAACUGUUUCGUGUGCUUUGGUAAGCAUGUUGCCUGCAAUCACCUUCGCUUUGGCCCUUAUUUUCAGGACUGAAAAUGUGAAGAUUCUAAAGACCAAAGCAGGAAUGUUGAAGGUGAUUGGAACUUUGAUCUGUAUAAGUGGAGCUUUGUUCUUAACAUUUUACAAAGGCCCACAAAUAUCAAACUCUCACUCUCACUCUCACGGUGGGGCUUCCCACAACAACAACGAUCAAGACAAGGCCAAUAAUUGGCUUCUUGGAUGUCUUUAUUUAACCAUAGGAACAGUGUUGCUAUCUCUAUGGAUGUUGUUUCAAGGGACUUUAAGUAUUAAGUACCCUUGCAAAUACUCGAGCACUUGUCUUAUGUCAAUUUUCGCGGCAUUUCAAUGUGCUCUCUUGAGCCUUUACAAGAGCAGAGACGUUAAUGAUUGGAUCAUAGAUGAUAGAUUCGUUAUCACCGUCAUCAUAUACGCUGGAGUGGUAGGACAAGCAAUGACGACGGUUGCAACAACAUGGGGGAUUAAAAAAUUAGGAGCUGUGUUCGCAUCGGCGUUUUUCCCACUUACUCUCAUUUCGGCUACUCUAUUUGAUUUCCUCAUUUUACACACUCCUUUAUACCUUGGAAGUGUGAUUGGAUCACUAGUGACCAUAACGGGUCUCUACAUGUUCUUGUGGGGGAAGAACAAAGAAACGGAAUCAUCAACUGCAUUGUCUUCAGGAAUGGAUAACGAAGCUCAAUAUACUACUCCUAAUAAGGAUAACGACUCUAAGUCGCCCGUUUAAUUUAAUUAUAUUGUUGUUAAUGUAUGUUUCAAAUAACUGUUAUGUCCUAGUUAAUGUUUAAGGAGAGGUAAUGAGAGAUAAAAUUUUAUAAUUCCAAACAUCAACGUAGAGAUUUGUGAAAUAUUUAAAUCCGGUUUGUUUGGUUAUUUUGGAAUAAUUUCGGUUAUUUCAAUUAGAUUCGGGUAGUUCAGUUCUUCGGUUAGUAACAAAAACUGGUCUAUUGUUUUUUGGUUAACCUAGAACCGAACCGAACUAACCAAAGUUCUCGGUAACCUUUUGUAGUGGCUUCCUGACCGAUGAGGCCGUCAACUUCAAAAAAUAUUGCAACUAAGCUCUGCUCCAACAUUAGAGUAUCUAUAACUAUGUUAAACGCUUCUGCUUUAAGCAAAACACAGUUGUAAGCUGGAAUCUAAAAAAAUGAGUGUAAUGAUGUUUGCUGAAUUCCAUAAAUAAA